CAACUACACCUUCAGAUACCGCAAAAUUCAACCAUAUCGGCCAAUAUGCCCAGAGCUUUAAUCCUCGUUGCAAAUGGAUCUGAAGAGAUUGAAUUUGUCACUCCUUAUGAUGUGUUGACCAGAGCGGGCUUCGAAGUCAAGAGUGCAGGUGUAUCACUCCAAAACGAAGCAUAUGCCCACAUGUCACGUAAUAUCCGCAUUGUACCUGACUACCUGAAUCUCAACUCUGUCCCUUUGCAACCUGCUCAUGAGCACUUUGACGUGCUUAUUCUACCUGGGGGCGGACCGGGAUCAAAGACGUUUUGCGAGAGCGAUGCCGUGUUGAAACUAAUUGACGACUUCCAACAGGCUGGGAAGUGGGUUGCUGCAAUUUGUGCAGCGACUACGGCACUAGUCGCUUCAGCGAAGAAGUUUGGCAAGGAGAAGAAAAGGGUCACCAGUCACCCAAGUGUGGCAGAAGAAAUCAAGGUUGCAGGCUGGCAGUACAGCGAAGAUCGACUGGUCGUGGAUGGAAAGGUCAUUACGAGUCGGGGACCGGGCACUGCGAUGCUGUUUGCGCUCACGAUUGUCCAAGUCAUCAGUGGGAAAGAGAAGAGAGACGAGAUUGCGGGACCCAUGGUACUAGCCGAGAAGUUGUAGGGCAGACGUAUACCGUCGGCUGUUGAGCUCCUAUACAGCCUUCAGCGCACGCGAUGAUGCCAUUGCUGUAGGCAGGAACUGCCUACGUAUGCGUAUUCCCAAAGGCUGGUCGGUUUGGUCGGUAGAUACACGAGCCAGUAAAGACAGUCGCUAUACGCGUAGCAGACCGUUCAAUGCACCGAUGUCUUUGCUGCG